UCGUCAUAUUCAUCGGUUAUUUCUGCAUCAGACGAUUGUUUCGCAUUUAUAGUGAUAAUAUUUAUUACAAACUAAACAAAAUGGUUGCAACAAAUGAACAAGUAGACGAUGAAACUGUUGUAAAAACUGAAAUUAAUCAAAGUGUGGAUGAAAAUGAUUCCGCCAAUUCUAUGAACGAAGAUGUACCAAUUACAGAUUCAGAAAUCUUAAAAAAAGUUAAAAUCGAACUGGAAGAUGAACCUGUUGAAAAAAAAGCUAAAAUAGACAUAAGUGAUAGUGACGCAAUUGUAAAGGAUGAACUCAAAAUAAAACCAGAAGUCAAGGAAGAAGACGAUGAACUAACAAUAAAAUCAGAUAAAUCCAUUGAUGUAAUAACAAAGAAAAAUGAUUUGACUUCUUAUUUUGCUUCGAGGGACCACAGCAUUAAUCAUGUUUAUCAGUCACAAAUUCCUCAAAUUUGUAAGGAUGAACCCUGUCAAUUAGGUGUGGACGAAGCUGGUAGAGGACCUGUAUUGGGUCCCAUGGUUUAUGGGAUCGCAUAUGCACCCUUGUCACAAAAGAAAUUGCUAGUUGAUUUAGGCUGUGCUGAUUCCAAGAGUCUUACGGAAGAAAAACGAGACAUAAUUUUUGAUAAAAUUUGUGAAAAUGAAGAUAAAAUGGGUUGGGCUGUGGAUUCUAUAUCUCCAAACUAUAUAGCCAAUUGUAUGUAUAGACGUAGUAAAACAUCAUUAAAUGAAGUUUCUAUGAAUUCAGCUAUUGCUUUGAUACGUAAAACUUUGGAUGCUGGAGUUUUCGUCACUGAAAUUUAUGUUGACACAGUUGGAAAGCCAGAAAAGUAUCAAGCUAGAUUAGAAUCUUUGUUUCCAGGAAUCAAAAUCACUGUUGCUAAAAAAGCUGAUUCUACAUAUCCUAUUGUAAGUGCAGCCAGUAUUUGUGCAAAAGUAUCAAGAGAUCAUGCUCUCAGAGCUUGGCAAUUUAGAGAAGCAGAAAAUGAAACAGCUUAUGGUAGUGGUUAUCCAAAUGACCCAGUAACAAAAACUUGGCUAGCUGAUAAUGUGGAUCCAAUUUUUGGAUUUCCUCAACUUGUAAGAUUCAGUUGGUCAACUGCGGAGAAAAUAUUAGAAUCUAAAGCUAUUAAUGUUGAGUGGGAAAAUAUAGAUGAUGAUUCUCCUGGAGUUGAAAAUAAAAUAUCGAAUUUCUUUGGUAGAAGUUCAAGUGCCAAAGGAAAUGAAAGAAAAAGACACAACUUCUUUACUCAUAGAUGUCUUUCAAGUGCUACAUCUCUAUAGUAGCACUCUAAGCUUUCAAAAUUUGUUUAUUGUUAUUAGAUUGUAGAAUUUUUGUAAUUUUAAAUCAUGACAUUUUGAAAUACACUGUAAAAAGUAACAUUAUAUUUUUAUAAGCUGUCAUUACGAUAAGUAUUAUCAAUAAGAUAACUGUGUUUGUUUAUUUUUGUCUAAGUAAUUGUGAAGAAAUUGUUUUGAAAAUAAUAAAACAACGUAACAUUUUUCAA